CACCGGUGAGACGACCCCCAAACGUUUACUCAUUCCGGUGCGUUGAGGCCCCGUUCUAUAGAUAAGAAUUGUGCCGUGGCCACGCUUUGGCCACGCAUAAUCAAGUCGGGCCUGCCCGUUUUGGUUCACAUCAAAGCGAGGUGGCCACUCCAGGAUCCUAUAAAUCCGGUUCAUUGCACGCUCAAAUUAAUCGUCUCUUGCACCCGUACUCGCAAUUCCCCCAACGCUCGACGCCACUCAGGCUAGUCCGAUGUCGAUGCAAGAGGAACGCUCCAGCCGCGCAAUGCGUCGUACAAGAGACGAACGCCGAAAGAGGCCAAACCGACGAUCAAAGGAGCGGGUACCGCGGCAUGGCCAGCGACCCUCACGCACCAUCCAGUGUGAGGAGUUGGAGGAAUUCCCAUUUGACUACACAGCUACAGCGCAGGUCUGCAAGAAUUUUCUUCGCCACAUCUUGCAACCUGUGCGGUAUGACGAGUCACAGCCCCCAACAUACUCCGGUUCGCUCUUCGGCGUGGUCACCGUCCACGAGUUCAUCCGCACUACGCUGCGUAACACUCACUUCCCCGAGUGUGUACCUUUUGCCGCGCUAUUCCUCUUGCAUCGUCUCAGACAUUCUGGGGCCGCGCUCGACGUGAACGAGGUGCACCGCCUCUUCUUGUGCGCGUACAUGAUCGCCGCCAAGGUGCACGUGGACGAGACCUUCUGUAAUGCGUACUGGGUCAUCCUAGGGGACCGCCACUUCAAGACGGAAGAGCUGAACCAGUGCGAGCGGGAACUAUGCGGGCUGCUCCACUGGAAUUUGCUCGUGGACCCGCUAGUGCUGGAGAAGUUCACUGAGGCUGCGAAGAGGGACUUCCGCGGGGAUGGCCCGUACCCGCAAUAUUUGCUGGAUGAAGACUUGUCAGCCCCGGCGAAACGCUUCCCACAACUGCCAGGCAACCCCGUUGUUGAGGAUGAAGAGAUACCUCUGGGGAUCAAGCCUCCGGCUGUCCCUCCUCCGGCAGUUGUCGCUGCGCUCGCGAGACACAAGAAGCCUGUCCAGAAGGUCCAGUCAUUGCUCGUUGAACCUCGAGCACUGGCAUGUGAGGCGUCGGUCAUUGCCUGCACGAACGAUAAUGUUGCACGUUCUGCACAAGACCGGCUUUUCGGCCUGCCAACAUGCAAAGACGCAUCGGCAACGUGGCGCCCGCUUGCUGUCCUCAGGGAAUCGGGGUAUGCUCUUAAUAGCUGCAACCCGGUUUGA